GUACAUAGCAUGCUGUUCGCAGCACUUGCAACAACCCCAAUUAUUGUGCUCAUAUCAUUUCGAAAGCGCCGAGCAAAAACGAUCAUCUCUUAUCAGAAGCGCUCAGUUCAUUGAGUAGCAGCGGCAACGGCACCACAUUUGUUCCAUUGGAAUUUAUGUAAGACUUCCAGUAUGUUUCGACAACGAAUUCGUUCGUUUGUUCGGUCGGCACAGUCAAUCGGCUGCCACUUGGAAUUGCCGACAAUCAUUUGUACAGUGGAUCGGGUUACUGCGAUCAGUUGGCUGUGGACUCUCGACGCGAUCGGUUGGAAAAAUUGGCCGCUGCGAAAAUAAGUGUGGCAUUGUUUUUUCAAACAGAAUAAAAAAGAACUUUGAAAUAUUUUCAAUUCAAGUGACUACAGCUGAAAAGUUUUUUUUCCUCGCCAAGAAGAUUGCACGGGAAUAAGUGAUCACAGAACGGUGAUCAAAUCAAUUGAUCGAGUUUUUGAACGCUUGGGGAAGGGCCGUCGACGGCCUGGGGUAUAAAUCUACCAAUCAUGGAUACCCCAAUAUUUAGAUUAGCAACCGUUUGCUUGUUAAGCUCAGUUGUUAUAAUAGAAACACACGCGCAAUUUUGGCAUGAUGCCUCUGAUACAAGAGGUGGUAUUAGAUCAUGGCCACGCAAAGAUGUCGAACAACCGCCUCUUCAUAUUGACAGCAGUUACGAUGUAGUCGAUGUACCGAAUGCACCAAAAAAGAAUUGCACCGGUUCGGGUGGAAAUUGUAUUCCAAAAUGUUUCGCCGAAAAAGGAAACAGAGGAUUUCCCGGAAUUCCAGGCUUACCCGGCCCAAAAGGUGUACAAGGUUUUAGUGGGAAUGAAGGAUUACCAGGGGCGAAAGGAAGCAAAGGUGAUCCUGGUUUAUCAGGCCCUCGUGGACCAAAAGGUGAUCGCGGUAAAUCUGGCAUCCCAGGUUUUCCAGGUAUUGCUGGAUUGACGGGUAUUACAGGAAAUCCUGGUGCACCUGGUAUACCUGGUGUUGAUGGAUGUAAUGGAACCGACGGUUUGUCCGGUAUUCCUGGUCUCGAUGGUGUUCCUGGUCCAAGAGGUUAUCCUGGUGUUGACGGUGGCAAAGGAGAGAAAGGUGAACCUGCCGCAUAUCCAGACAAUUAUUUGAAAGGACAGAAAGGUGAACAAGGUUUUGAUGGAUUGCCCGGUGCUCAUGGGCCAUCUGGCGAGCCAGGUCCAAGAGGACCACCCGGAAACGAUGGACCACGUGGUUAUCCAGGAUUGAAAGGUGAUCCUGGACCAAAGGGUACGCCAGGCUUAUCAUGUGUUCACACCACUGGGCCACCAGGACCAUCUGGAGAUAAAGGAGACAAAGGUGAACGAGGCACAUCCGGCAUUGAACAAUCUUCAGGAAAGCCAUCCAUUGAAUCUGUUGGACCAAGAGGUGAUCGCGGAGAUACUGGCGAGAAAGGUGAUAUCGGUCUUAAAGGUGAUUUCGGACCUGCAGGUGAAAAAGGACAUCCGGGUGAUUUGGGAUAUAAAGGAGAAAAAGGUUUGCCUGGCCAACCGGGUCCAAGAGGUCGUGAUGGAAACUAUGGUCCACCAGGUCAAGUUGGACAGAAGGGAGAUCGUGGUAUUGAAGGAUUGCGAGGAUUGGAUGGAAAACCAGGUUUAAAGGGUGAACCCGGAAGAGAAGGUAUCGCUGGAUCUACCGGUAUUCCCGGUCCACCAGGUCCACCUGGUGGCGGAAAAGGAACCCCAGGUGCGCCUGGACCAAAGGGACCUCGAGGUUAUCGUGGCUCGCCAGGACCGAAAGGAUUAGAUGGUUUUCCAGGUGAGCCAGGAGAAAGAGGGCCAUACGGUCCAAAAGGUGGUCUCGGAAUUCCUGGACGACCAGGCUCAGAAGGAUUCCCAGGUGAAAAAGGAGAGAAAGGAAAUAGCGGAGCUAUCGGUCUACCAGGACCAAUUGGAUUAAGAGGCACAUCUGGAGCACCAGGCCCAGAAGGGCCACGUGGUGACACCGGAACACCAGGAUUUGGAUUGCCUGGUGAACGAGGAGAAGAUGGCAUUCCAGGAUACCCAGGCUUAAAAGGACAAAAGGGAGAAAGAGGUUUUAAAGGAAACACUGGAACUCCAGGAGACUCGAGAGACGGAAAACCAGGUUUGCCCGGUCGACCAGGUCCAUUGGGAGAAAAGGGUGAAUCUGGACGACCCGGAAUUCCAGGUUUCAAAGGAGAUAUGGGAGAAAAAGGUGAUAUUGGUGGACGUUGCUCGGAUUGCAGACCAGGAUUCAAAGGCGAUAAAGGUGAACGUGGUUUUGAUGGCAUUCCAGGAGCUAUGGGACCACCUGGAAUUCCAGGCGAAAGAGGCUAUGUGGGAGAAGUAGGAGCUGAUGGUCUCCCAGGAUUACCGGGAACAACUGGAGCGCCUGGUCUUGAUGGUUUGCCUGGUAGACCAGGAGCUGAAGGACCACGUGGCGAGUCAGCAACCAUUUCAUGGAAUUUAAUCAAAACCGAGAAAGGAGAUAAAGGUGAACGCGGUGAAAUGGGACGUGUCGGACCAAAAGGAAACGAUGGUCCAAGAGGAACGCCCGGAUACCCAGGUCUUGCAGGUUUCCCUGGCCAGAAAGGUGAUCAAGGUCGCACUGGUGCACCAGGCUUAGAUGGAACACCUGGCCGUGCUGGUUUAGAUGGAAUUCCCGGAGAAAAAGGAUUCAGCAUAAAAGGUGAUAAGGGAUUGGACGGACGACCAGGUGACCGCGGCGAUAAAGGAGAGCCGGGUCGUGAUGGAGAAAAAGGAGAUCCGAGCAGCUGUCCAGAAAAUAUCAUAGCUGGCGCCAGAGGACAAAAAGGCGCAAAGGGAGACAAAGGCGGGCUUGGAGAUCGAGGAAUUGAAGGUGAACGCGGUGAAUAUGGUGAUGUGGGUGCUGAUGGACCGAAGGGAGAACCAGGACCAGUUGGAUUUCCAGGACCGGUUGGCCCGAGAGGGUUGCAAGGACAGCGAGGAGAUAAAGGUAACGAUGGACCGAUCGGCUUCCCCGGAACACCAGGAAAAGAUGGAUCAAGAGGUAUUCCCGGCCGACCAGGAGAAAAGGGAGGCAAAGGAGAACAAGGGCUUUCAAUGGUUGGACCACCAGGUCCAAAAGGUAACACUGGAAUGCGCGGAUUGAAGGGUGAGCGUGGAAUUCUUGGUGAGAGAGGCUUGGACGGAUUACCAGGCGAAGUUGGCUACCCAGGCCAAAAAGGAGAUACAGGCUUAUCGGGUGCGCCAGGGCUUCCUGGAUACACCGGACCAAAAGGUGAUACUGGACCAAAAGGACCACAAGGUAUUUCCGGACCACCUGGCCGACCUGGUAUGGAUGGUAUCAGAGGACAACCUGGAUUGAAAGGAGAACCAGGUGACACCGGAAUGAUUGGAAUGCCAGGUAUUAAGGGAGACCGCGGUUAUCCAGGUGCUGAAUGUGCUAAAGGAAUUCAAGGACCAAAAGGUGUUCCUGGCUUGAGAGGCGAACCAGGUAUCCAAGGUUUCCAAGGAGCAAAGGGACAAAAAGGUGAAAUCGGAUUGAUCGGUUUGGAUGGGCCACAGGGACUCACAGGACCUCCUGGCUUAAUUGGUCCAGUUGGAUUGAAGGGAAAUACCGGACCGGUUGGUUUGCCUGGACUCGACGGCGUGCCAGGAAGAGAUGGAGAAAAGGGUGAUCACGGCUUCCCAGGUCCAAUCGGUCCAAAAGGAGAACCGGGAAGUGUUUCCGAAAAAGGUCAAAAGGGAGAUCCAGGCGUGCCAGGAUUGAGAGGAGAAGAUGGACUUGAUGGAUUGCCAGGUUUACAAGGUGAAAAGGGUAACGCUGGCAUUCCAGGAUACGGCAGACAAGGACCAGCCGGUCAAAAGGGAGAAUCUGGCAUUGAUGGUAGAGAUGGAGCUCCAGGCCCACAAGGAGUAAAGGGUGAUCGUGGUCAAAUCGGUUUCCCUGGAUUGAAAGGAGACAAAGGUGGUCUUGGCAGACCAGGCACACCAGGACAACCAGGUAUGGAUGGUUUACAAGGCGAAACAGGCCCACAAGGUCCACGCGGCUACGAUGGAUUGAUUGGACAGAAAGGUGAGCGUGGAUUCAAUGGAUUCGACGGUCAAAAGGGUGACAAGGGAGAUACCGGAAGAUCUGGUCCAAGAGGUUUGGUUGGUUUGAAGGGUGAUAUCGGUUUGCCUGGAGAGCCAGGUGGCGUUGGACAGCUCGUUGAAAUCAAAGGAGCUAGAGGACAGAAAGGAGAUGCUGGUUUAACUGGUUUGACCGGACUUCAAGGUGAAAAGGGUGAUCGAGGUACACCUGGAUUCGAUGGAUUGAAAGGAGAAAGAGGCCCAUCAGGUCCACAAGGCUUGCGUGGUUUGGAUGGAUUCCCCGGUCAAAAGGGAGAUCGUGGUUUCCCAGGAGAGACCGGUGAAAUUGGUCCAGUUGUCAAAGGAGAAAAAGGUUUGCCUGGAUUACAUGGAAAGCAUGGUCGUGAAGGUCCAAUCGGUUUAUCUGGACCAAAGGGUGACAAAGGUUUAAGUGGAUUGCCAGGACCUCCAGGUAUCAGAGGUAUUCCAGGCCCAAUUGGUCUCAGAGGCGAUAAAGGUGAUCGUGGAUUAUCAGGCGCUCCAGGCAUGAAUGGAUUCGAUGGCCGACCAGGCGCACCAGGCGUAGUUGGAGAACGCGGAUUCACAGGGGAGAAGGGAGAUGUUGGUCCUCCAGGACUUCCAGGUCCAGCUGGAGAGAAGGGUGACCGUGGUUUGCCAGGAUUGCCAGGCAUUAACGGAAGAGAAGGAUCAAAGGGAGAUAUCGGUCUACCAGGGCCAGAGGGUCAACCCGGCCCACCAGGCUAUCCGGGAGAAAAGGGAUUGUCAGGACCACGUGGAAGAGACGGACGUGAUGGCUUUAUCGGUUUGAAGGGUGACAAAGGUGAACCAGGGUUAAUUUCGCCACCAGGCCCACCAGGUACUCCCGGAAUUCCAGGAAGUAACGGACCAAAGGGUGAUCGCGGAUUGCCUGGAUUGAAGGGUGACGAAGGAUUACAAGGAAUUCGUGGUGAAACCGGUUUACAAGGAUUUCCAGGUCCACGCGGUCCACCAGGACCACCAGGCUAUAGAGGUGAAUUUGGAUUGGUUGGUGCACCAGGUCUUGAUGGACGCCCUGGAUCAAUUGGUCCAAAAGGUGAUUCCGGUCGUGACUGCUCACAUGCACCAGACUACUACAGCGGUAUUUUGUUGGUAAAACACAGUCAAAGCAUUGAAAUUCCACGCUGUGAUGAUGGUCAGACACAAUUGUGGGACGGUUAUUCGUUGUUGUACGUUGACGGCAACGAUUAUCCACAUAAUCAAGAUUUAGGAUCUCCAGGCUCAUGCGUCCGACGAUUCUCAACACUGCCAGCAUUGUCAUGCGGUGUUAACAACGUUUGUAACUAUGCAUCGCGAAACGAUCGAACAUUCUGGCUGUCAACAACCGCACCAAUUCCAAUGAUGCCGGUGGCCGAUCGUGAAAUGGAGAAAUACAUUUCACGUUGUGUUGUUUGCGAAAUUCCACAAAACGUUAUCACAUUGCACAGUCAAACGAUUCAAGUGCCAGACUGUCCAUACGGUUGGGAAGGACUCUGGCAAGGCUACAGUUUCCUUAUGCACACUGGCGUUGCAAACGGAGGCGGUGGUCAAGCAUUGUCGGGAACUGGAUCUUGUUUGCAAGAUUUCCGCACCAAUCCAUUCAUCGAAUGUAACGGUGGAAAGGGUCACUGCCACUUCUACGAGACUAUGACCAGUUUCUGGUUGGUUACAUUAGACGCAACCGAACAGUUCACAAAACCUUUGCAACAAACCAUCAAAGCAGGCAGCUUCUAUUCACGAUUGUCCAGAUGUCAAGUCUGUAUAAAGAAAUAGAAAUGACGCUGCAUCGUCUGCUCGAAACAGAAAAAUAAUUUAGAAAAAAAAGAAAUUGAAACGAAAUGCGUUGUUGUUUUACGAUUGAAACAAUCUACCUUACACAAUGAGCCAAAAAUUAACAGUUUUCUAUAAAAUAGAUGUCGUAAUUCCAUAAUUCUUCCGUCAACGAAAAAAAAAUGAAAAUCAAAAAGAAAAUGUUUGUCAAUGUGAAAUUUAUUUGUUUAGAAUAACUAGCAUAGCAAUAACAAUACGAAUGAGAUGAGUCGAAAAAAAAAAUUCAAUGCCACAAACCACUCUAGAGAUGAAAACAAACAAAGAACGAACACACACAAAAACACCGAUUUAACUUUGCUGGCAAUAUCCAUUAUUAUGAAAUUCCACUAACACCCAUACUUUUACUAUAUAUAUUCAGUUGAAAACAGUGAAAGAAUUAACGUUAUGUGAUAGUUCUAUCUGUAAAAUAAAAGAGAAAAAAAAGGAUAAAUAUAUGUAAUAUAUUUCCAUUAGAUAAACCAAUACCGUUUUUUUCCCUUCGAAAGCACAAACAACAAUUUUUGUAUUUUGUUAGUACAAAAGAAAAACAAGAAAAUAAUAAGAAUUUUAAAUGCAAAUCUUUUUUUUAGUUACAAAUCAAAUGAAACUGCCAAAUAUCUUCUUAAUGUAUAGACUUAAGAGAUGAAAUCGAUAAAAAAAAAAUUUGUACAAAUACAAUACAUUGAAGAAAAAAGAUAAUAAUAAUA